AUGAAAAAUAUACAGCCAACGACAAGUAAAGAAGAAAAUAAAACAACAGAAGAACAGAUAAAGAAAGCUGAAGCUAAGUUUGAGAGGUUAUUGGAAGGAUGUUUGGAUGAUUUACCUAAUUUACCUCACUCUACUGUUAGGAUAUUUAUGAGCUCUACUUUUUCUGAUAUGAGAGCUGAAAGAAAUGCCAUCGUCAGAGAUGUCAAUCCAUUCCUGAAGGAGUAUUGUGCCAAAUAUGACCUUGACUUUCAGAUUGUAGAUAUGCGCUGGGGUGUAACAGAUGAUAGCCAAAAUGAGCAUUCUGUGGAAAAAAUUUGUUUGCUAGAGGUGGAAAAUUGUCAGAACCUUUCUUUAGGACCUAAUUUCAUUUUUAUAUCAGGUGACAGAUAUGGAUUUAGACCAAUCCCAGUAGAAAUUGAUAAGGAAGAAUUUGAUACCAUAAAGAAACUUGCCGAGAAAAACUCUUUAUCUGAUACCAAACUAUUGGAUAUUUGGUAUUUAUUAGAUGAAAAUGCUAAACCACCACUGUACAUUUUACAGCCAAUCAGAUCACAGUUUACAUUCUUUGGAGAUUACACUUCUGGAUGUGAAGAACAAAGAGCUAAAGAUGCAAUGGGUUGGGCGGAAACCUUUAAAUCUCUACAGACAGUUCUAAGGAAAGCAGCAACAUUAGCCUGUAAAUCGAAACAAUUCAGCAAGGACAAACUUCACAAAUAUUUUUAUUCAGUGACUGAGAUUGAAGUCAAUAAAGGCAUUUUGAAUUCCAAAGAACCCAAUCUUCAUACCAGUACCUAUCAGAGAGACUUACAUGGCUUGGAUAUCACAGAUGAUACAAUUAAAAAAUACUGUGACACUACAAUGGAAAAUGGAAAGAUGGUAUUUGAUGGAGAAGCAAGGUUGCUUAGAGAGAAAAUAAGAAAACAAAUUCCAUCUGCUUUGAAAAAAUCUGGCCGAAUCCAUCAGUAUCAAGUUAAAUGGCAUACUGGUGGAAUUGAUCCUGAAAAACAUGUGGAGCAACGUGAUUAUAUCAGGCAUCUUUGUGCCGAUCUUAUCAAGGACAUUUGUGAACUUAUUGAUAAGGCCAGAGAAGACCAAAAAGGUCUGAUAAGAACAGAAUAUUACACAGACUAUCAAGAAGUACUUCACCAUCAGCACUUUUGUAAACUUAAAUGCGAGACUUUCUGUGGUAGAGAUGAUGUAUUACAACAAUCAAAAGAAUAUAUACUCAUGGACAAGUCCAGAAGGCCACUUAUUAUAUAUGCUCCAUCAGGUGCCGGAAAAACAUCUGUUAUGUCAAAAAUUUUGCAGAGUCUCCCAGAAUGGUUUAAAGAGGAGCCUCACAUUGGAAUCAUUAGAUUUUUAGGCACAUCUCCUUAUAGUUUGAACAUAUAUGAUGUACUAUAUGGAAUUUGUGGACAACUUGCUGACUGUGCAAAACUAUUGAUGGAGCCAGUAGGUUGCAAAAAUAUGAAAAAAUUAGUCGAAUAUAUGCCAAGACUCUUACGUCGUGUGUCAGCGAAGGUGAAAAAGCCAAUUGUUAUUCUUUUGGACUCUCUAGAUCAGCUUACAGCAAAAGAUGAUUCCUACUUGUUAAAUUGGCUGCCUGCAGUGCUCCCAUCAAACUUGAGGAUGAUUGUAUCAACAGUACCUGGAGAACAUGAAAUUUUGGACACAUUAAAGAAACUGUUUCCAGAUACCACCAACUUUGUAGAAGUUCCAGCUUUACCAGAUGAUACAUGCUUUGACAUGAUUGAUAUAUAUCUAGCAAAAAAGAAGAGAACUGUCACACAAAUUCAAAAAAACAAGCUUGUCAGAGCAUUCAGAAAAUGCCGAGGUCCAUUGUUUCUAAAACUAAUCCUCGAUGAGGCUGUUAACUGGAACUCAUACACACCAAUUAUUGCUCUAAAUUUGAAAGAUUCAGUACAAGGAGCCAUAAAUCUGCUGUUUGAAAACAUGGAAAAGAAAUUUGGGCAAGUUCUAAUAAGCCAUGCUCUAGGUUACAUUACAGUUGCUUACAAUGGAAUUUCUGAUCUUGAAUGGGAGGAUGUGUUAUCCUGUGAUGAUGAAGUAUUAGAUGAUAUAUACCGCUAUCAUGAUCCCCCAGUGCCUGGCAUUGUACAAAUGCCACCAGUACUUGUAGCAAGGAUAAGACAUGAUCUUAGAGAAUAUAUUGUUGAGAGAAGAUCAUUUGGUAAAACAACAUUGAAUUGGUAUCAUAGGCAGUUCAUUGAGACAGCUCAUGGAAGAUAUGCAACUGGUAGUGCAGGCAAAAAAUUACACAAGGUAUUGGCACAAUAUUUCAUUGCCAAUGAUGGUAUACAAAGGGACAUAACCCUUCACAGACGAAAACGGACAGUGGAGAAAGCAGAUAGACAAGUCACAAAACAACCACUUGUUGUGAAGAAUCAACGAAAACUGUUAGCUGUUCCAUAUCACAUUACCCAUGCAGGAAAUCAGAUAGAUCCUUCCAUUGCCAAGUCAAAAUGCUUUUGUAAUUUGAAAUUUUUGACAGUGAGAAUACAAUCAUUGCCAUUAUCAACCUGGGUGGAUGACAUGACAGCAUAUUUGGACAAAACAGACGAUGAAGAGGUGGCCCUAUUAAGAAAUUACUUCCUUGUCUCAGGGAAAUCAGGAAAUGGCAGUGGAACAAACCUUUCAAUCAAUUUACUUUCGCAUUUACAUGUAGACGAGAGUCAGAAAUAUCUAAAGGAAUUACUCCAGCAAGCUGAAGAUACAGUCUACUCUAGUGAGUCUCCCUUACUUAUACCAGUAUUUCCAUGUCUGGCACCAAGAAAAGAUGCUUCUUCAGAUCUUUUGAAGAUUUAUGAUGAUGUUGAUGAUAUCAUUUCAAGUGGUUCAGAAUCAGUUUUGAUGACAAAUGUGAAAGAGGGAGAUGGUGAUGAAAAAGGGUACUUAGUUUAUGAUUCCAUUAAUAAUGAUGUUUACCAAUUAAGCCACAACAAGGAAUUCAAUGCAAUAAUGCCACCCAUAUUGGAUCAUUCUGAGAAAAGAGUUAUAAACUUAGGCAGAGACAGCUUUCAGAUAUUCCAUUUACACAAUCAAGUUACAAACAUGAAGAGGUUUUCCGAUAUGUUUGAAGAUCUAGGGAAAUCGAUGUAUCCUACAAUGAGUUGUCUAAGUACCGAUUUCUUACAUUUGACAAUUUUAUUUAGCAAUGGUGAUGUUCUAAUAUUGGAUACAAACAGCUUCAAGAAAGUUGACUUCAUCACAUUGGGAGAAGAAGCAAGUGAUGUUUCUAACAUUAUUACUACAAGUAUUGACAAUUUAAAGAUUAUUUUCACUAUUAAUACUGUUGUAAGUGAAAAGGAAAAUGAAAAAGAUGGAGUUGUUAGAAUCCAUGUUGUUGGUGCUGCAGAAAAUGGAAAAAUGGUGAAAACUUAUCAUCCUUUUACCAGAGGCCUUGCUGCAGUUGGUUUUAAUGAGAACCUGCUUGUAGUAAGUAGUAAUAGAGAAACAGAUGGAACUUUGACAGUUGUUAACCUAGAUGAGGUCAAGAUAACUAUCCUCGAGUACUGCUCUUCUAAAUUAAUGCAGUUAUCUGUGGCACAUUCCCAUGCACUGGCAGCCAUUUGGCUGGAACAAGGCUUUGUAGCUGUUUACGACAUUUCUAAUGGGGAGGUUGUCCAACAAUUGAAUAUAGAUAAUACUAUAACAAGCUUUGGAGUGAGCUGGAUAAACGAUUUAGUCUUCAUAGGUGACAACCAAGGGCAGAUAAUUAUGUACAAAGCACAGACAGGGAAACACUUUGGGGAUUUCAAGGCUGAAAAUAAUGAAAUCGUGAAAGUGGCAGUUCUUGAAGAUCAAGUUGUUACAGUAAGCAAAAAGAAUACAGCAAAAGUUUGGGAGCUAACAACAUUUCUAAAUACUUAUGGUAAUCAAUCAUCUAAAACAGAGGCCAAUGGAGAGGGUUCAGAAUUGAUGGCACAGAAGGAUAUCAUUGGUUUUGAAGUUGACUUUAAAGGACAAUGCAUUAUAACCACUUCAGAAGACAAACAUUUGAGGAUCUGGUCAUUGGAUAGUGUUCAACUACAAAAAAAAAUCUACAUUGGAAUCACUGGUCACAAAGUAUCAGCAACAAUUAAUUCAAUGUGUAUUGUUUUAGACAAUCAAGUUCAUUUAUUAAAAGGGCUUGAUUUCGAAAAAGGAUUGGAGAAAAUGAGCAUGAGAGCUAGAAAUGUUCUAAGUUUUUGUCAGGGAGAAAACCAUAAGACAUUAUAUCUCCUGAAAACUGGUGAAAACAAUCAUUUUGUUGAAAUAAUAGAUAUCGUUCUUCUCAAGCCCAAAACUUCCUUUCUGUUGAAGCAGAAGCUGGCUUAUGAAAGUAUUGAUCUGUCCAUAAGUAAAUCAGAACGCUAUCUAAUAGUAAGAGUUAAAAUUCUUGAAAAAGAAUAUGCCGAUAUCCAAACUUCAUGCCGUAAACAAGGUGGAGGAUUUUUACCACAGUCUCAUAGACACAGGUUUUAUGCUAUAGACAAAACACAAGCUACCGGAGGACUAAUGCCGUGUAAUCGAAUUCUAACAAAUAUUCCACAUCUAGGAGAAGUUGUCUGCCCCUAUCAAGGAAAUGUCAUGAUGGUCACAACUCAUCUUCGGGUUGUGUUUUGGGAUAUACCUACUGGCAAAUGUGAUCAGAGAGUAACAAAAGGAGUAAAACUUGGAUUUAUGUAUAGACGAGAUCACUUGAGCACAUCAUGUGAAGGUACAAGUCUAGCAGUCGAACAAAGUGAAAAUAGACUCUAUGUAGCUAUAGGAUCUGAAGAUGGUUACAUGAUUGUGUGGGAGGCCGACACUGGCUUUCCAGUGGGUAGAAAAGAACCAACGAAAAGGCACACAGCAUCGGUGGUCACCAUUACAAUAUCACCAGACAGUAAAUGGGUUGCAUCUAGGUGUCUUAAUAACAUGCUGAUACUCUGGGACAUCACUACUGGAACAGACGUCGUCCAAUUGAAGAUCCCCUCUGAUGUUCAACAGAUGAAAUUCACAGCUGAUUCUAAACACCUGGUAAUCAAUACAGGAUCCGGAUUUCAUAAUACUAGAAUGUUAGUGUACAGACUUCAUCCCGGACAACAGUGAUACACAUGAAAAGUUUACACAAUGGUAUUUUGCUUCUAUGUUUUUUUUAAAUACUCUACAACUCACAAUCUUAACACAAACAGUUGUCUGAGUUUGAUAUUUUCUAAAGAGGAAAUCUAAGAGUCUUGAAACUGAGUUUACGGAUUGAUAGAUACAGA